AUUUUCUCACACUCUUGCUUCCCAAGCAAACCUCCCAACUCCAUUUUCUCUCUCCUCUCCCCUGUUUUUCUCUCUCCUUAAACCCCAAUUAUGAAUUCUCUCAACUCUAAUCAAAAUUAGGGUUUUGAUUUUCGUUCUCAAUGUCUCAGUAAAAACACCCCAAAAUCCUCCACUGUUGAUAAAAACCUCUGUUUUUUAAGAUUUUCUUUCCAUCAAUGUCGAAGUUUGUGAACUCGUUCGCUUUACUCGACGACGAAGAAGGCGACAACGUCGACAUUCUCGUCGAUCGCCUAGUCAAGAAGGUCGGUGAUUCGUUGAUGCAUGUGAAAAAUGAGACUGAAUCUUCGGAUUUAGUUCGCAAUAAUAGCGGUGGUAAAAAAGGAGGCCGGAGUGGUAGGGGUGAAAGCCGUGGGGAUGGAGAUGGAAGUGGUUGGGAUGAUUUUCAGGGUGGUGAUGACCAUAGAAAGAACUAUAGUGGAGAUUCUUAUGUAAGUGGGUAUGGAAUUGGAGAUGGCAAAAGUCAUGGUCGGGGCCAAGGCCAUGGGAAGAGCUUUGGCGGUGAGAAUGGGGAGUGUAAUGUCAAUGAGGCUGCUGGAGAUGGUAAAACUCAAACUCUAGAUGAUGAUGCUGGUUGGCAGGAUGUAUCAAAGAGUCAUGGGAAGGGAUAUGAUAAUCAUAACAGCAAUGGGAACCGGAGCUUUGAUGGUGAGAGGAAGGGUUAUGGGGAUCAAGUUCAAGGUAAUGGACAGAAGAGAUUCAGAAAUGGAAACCAGGGUUUUGGUGGUGAGAGAAGAGGUUAUGAGAAUCAAAAUCAAGAUAAUAGUGCUUCUGAUGGGCGGAUGCGAUACAGAAAUGGAAACCAGGGUCUUGGUGGUGAGAGGAGAGGUAAUGAGAAUCAAGGUCAAGAUAAUGAUGCUACUGAUGGGAGGAGGAGAUACAGGAAUGGAAGGCAGAGCUUUGAGGGUGAGAGGAGAGGUUACGAGGAUCAGGUUAAAGAUAGUAAUGCCAAUUCUGAACAGAAAAGCAGGAAAGUGGAGGUAAAUGAAGGAAAUCAAUUCAGAGGUGAAGUGAGGAACUACAGAAAUAGAAAUCGGAAUGAUGGUGGUGAGAAGAGAGAUUAUGGUGGAAGCAGGGGAAAAAAAGGUAGCCUUGAGUACAGAAGGACUGGUAGUGGUGAAUUGAAUGAGAAUGACAAUGCUGGUGAUGGGCAAGAUGUCAAAGCUGACCUUGUCAAUGGUUCUGGAUGCAGGGAUACUGAAAUAGUCUUAGAAGUUUCAAAAUCUGCUGAAACUGAAGUUCACAACACUUCUGAUGAGGUCACUGAAGAUAUUAGAGACCUAAAGGUGGAGACAGAAGAGCAGAAAGUAAAGAACGAAUUGGAACAGAAAAAGAAAGAGGAAGCAAAGAAGGAAGCUGCACUCAUGACUCUAGAUGAAUAUGAAAAACUGCUCUCAGAGAAGAAGCAGGCACUGAAUUCCCAGAAGACGGAAGUGAGGACAGUGUCUGUUGACAAGGAAUUUGAAGGAAUGCAACUGAUUGAGAAAAAGCCAGUUGACACUGAGGAACUAUGGGUAUCUGCUAAGGACAAGCGGAAGAUGAAAGAUGGUGUCAAGAGUGAAGUCGAUAAUAGUGAUACCAAGCUGGAAUCUGAGGAGGAAAAGCUGAAGAAGGAUGGAAGCCUUGAGAAGAAGGAAAAAGGCCGUAAAGUAGUGGCUGUCAAGGUAGAUGAAAUCUUCAAACCAGUUUCCCUUCGACGGAAUGUUGGUGGAGGGGGGCGAGGUCGUGGUGACCAAGGUGGGUUCAGUGACCAGACCAAAAAUGGUGAUGCUCCUGGUCGGACAAGUGCUCCUGUUCGUGCACCUCCACAAAGGCGACUGCGCAUUCCAACUGACAAAGAUUUUCCUGUCCUAGCUGCUAAUCCUCCUGCUUCUGUUAUAGCCCUGUAGAACACUCAGACAUAGUUUUUGCUUUACUAGCUGCUACUAGUACUACUAGUACUACCUAUUAAGAUAGAAACAAUUAGUCUUGUGUAGCUGGAAAUCUAAAAUCUCUUAGGAUUGGUAACAAUUUGUGUGCUGAUACUCUUGUUUAAGUUGUUUGGGGUACACAUUCUCCUACAGUUGGAAGUUUUGGUUACUGAUCAGAUGACGUUUGCUCAACACCCCGUUAAUUAUGUACCAAGUAAUACAAUUUUGCUUCGCUUUCA